AUGGCACCCCGCACUGAUCCUGAUGUUGGUUGCAGUGUUCCUGAAGCUGGUCAAUGGCCCGUUGACCCUCAAGAACAUGUACCCAUUCGCGAAGACAGACUAUGGAUCGAUGGCUGCUUCGACUUCUUCCACCACGGCCACGCAGGCGUCAUGCUCCAGUCAAGACGCUUCGGGAAUGACUUGCUUGUGGGACUUCACAAUGACGAGGACAUCGCGGCCAACAAAGGGCCGACUGUCAUGAACCUGGCUGAAAGAGUCGCUGCCGUCAAUGCAUGCCGUUUCUCAACGCUUUGCGUGCCCCAUGCGCCGUAUGUGACGAGCAUACCGUGGAUCAGCCAUUAUGGAUGUCGGUACGUUACCCAUGGAGACGACAUUACGAGCGAUGCCAGUGGGGAGGACUGCUACAGGUUCGUGAAGAAGGCGGGAAGGAUGAAGAUCGUGCCGAGGACGCCUGGGAUCAGUACGACAGAUCUGGUGGGGAGGAUGUUGGCUUGCACGAAAGAUCAUUUCAUCGACAGCUUGGUGGACUGCUUCGAAGGGAGGGAAGAUACGAGCGGGAAAGCAGGCGGAGCAGAAGGUGGGCAAGAGAUGCAUAAGCGGAUACAAGAAUAUGCCGCGGCACCAAAUGGUGUCGAUCCAUACGUGGAGGUGUACAGUUACGCUUGGGAGGCUGGACAGAGAGACGGACAUAAGUUCACGUCGUUGGUAUCCGGCAGCCAACCCAGAUCCGACCAGCGUCUGGUAUACGUGGACGGCGGCUUCGAUCUCUUCUCCUCUGGUCACAUCGCCUUCCUCGAGUCUGUCGCCAAACUCGAGCCAGGUGCCUUCAUCGUCGCUGGAGUCCACGACGACAAAGUCAUCAACCAAUACCGUGGCGUGAACUACCCCAUCAUGAACAUCUUCGAGCGAGGUUUGUGCGUUGUGCAGUGCACUUAUAUUCACAGCGUCGUAUUUGGAGCACCUUACACACCAUCGAAGGCCUAUCUCGAAUCAUUGCCCUUUGGCAGGACUCCGGAUGCAGUCUACCAUGGUCGCACAGCUUUCAUGCCGACGUCGCUGGACCCAUACGCGGACGCGAAGGCUAUGGGCAUUUUCAAGGAAACUCCCGAGCAUGACUUUCAAGAUGUCAAUGCUGCGCAGAUCGUGCAAAGGAUCAUGGAUAGCAGAGACGAGUAUGAAGCACGACAGAAGAAGAAGGGGCAGAAAGCCGUGGGCGAGGAAGCGCAUCAUAAGCGUGAGCUGCUUGAGCGUGAGGCGGAAACUGAGAGGCAGAGACGAUUGAACGAAGCUUGA